UGUCUUUAGGGUGCGAAAUUUCCUGUUUAGUUUUCUGACUUCAUUUCAGCGAAUUUUAGGUGUAAACCAUGGUGUUAAAAUUUUAGCUGUGUUUAAAACACACGGAACAAAAUUGAAAAUAUAUAGUAGGAAUGACCGAACUUAGACACAGAAAAACAGACUUUUGUAAACGAGUUCAGUUUGAGUGUUUUAGUUUGAUGUUUUCGCUAUUCCAGUGAUGUGGAUGAAGCUGGAUUGAUCAUCAGGCACAAUAAAUGUGUUUGUGUUCUGUAUUAUUGAUUUCUUCUCAGUAAAUCGCUUUCAACUUCCUGUAGAAAAACAUGAAUGUGGAUGUGGUGAGUUUCCGUUUGCCCGGGCAUGGAGACAACACCCUGAGUAACAUGAACUCCUUGCGGGCACAGCAGCACUUCUGUGACGUUACCAUCGUUGCGGGAGGCAGGCGCAUGUUCAGGGGUCAUAAGGUCGUGCUGGCUGCUUGCUCUGCAUUUCUCAGGGACCAGUUUCUCCUGAACCCCUCAUCAGAGCUACAGCAGGUGUCGAUGUUGCACAGCUCGACGGUAGUAUGUGAACUCCUCCAGUCCUGUUACACAGGGAUGCUGCAGUUCAGUGCCAGAGAAAUUGUGAACUACCUGACCGCAGCCAGCUACCUGCAGAUGGAGCAUGUGGUGGAGAAAUGCAGAGGAGCCCUGAGCCAGUACAUGCAGCCCCGGAGUCGCAGCCCAAUUACUGUGAAAUCAGAAGACCCUCAGUCUAUGCCAGUGAUUGUCAGUGGAAGUACCCAUUCACUGGGAUCUAUUUCAUCUCCUUCUGAUACUGCAUCGCUGCAUCCACACAGUUCAGGAAAGGAGCUCCAGGCUGCUGAUGCUGAACUCUCCAACAUCCCUCUCAAAGAUGACAGUGAUUUGACCAUACACCAUAUUAGAGGAUCCGAUGGAUCUGUCCAGUUCGAGGGAGAGGACGGGCAUGAAAGUGACAUCUUUCAGGUGCACAUCAAUGAUGAACAUCAAGACCCAGAGAAGUCUCCCGGCGCUGGGGAGGAAGACAGAGAAGCCGUCGUUGUAUUAGACGACCACUGUCAGCUGGACACAGGCAUAGAUGAGCCCAAUAUGGAGGGGCGAGCCAAAGGGAACAGCCUCCGAGGGCCGGGCCGCAUGUGGAAACGACGCAACGGAGAGCACAGGGGAGGCAGAGGAAGAGGCUUUAAACACAGAAAGCGGUACACCUUCAAGGACCGCAAGCUCUUGGGUAACUACCAGGAAGCUUGGCGCUUUCCAACCCCAGAUGAGAUCAUGGGUAGUUUUGGAGCGGACUUUGGGGCCAAUUACCUGUCCAAUCAACAUCUUGCCGACGGUACCCUCCGCGUUGACUACAGGGCCGGAGAGGGACAAGGAGUAGAGAUCGGCGCCGAUGGAGCUCCCGCACACUUCGGCGUGGAAGCUUCCAGCGGGGAAGAAGCGAUGGGAGUCGGGGCGCCUUCGAACGAGCGCGGAGCUGCUGACGAGUCCGUGGCAGUGGUGGGAUCCACGUCAUGCGUAACAGGACCAGUAGUGUGUGAGCAUUGCGGAUUAGCGUUUUCCUCAACGCAGGAUUUAGCCAUGCAUUCCCUGUCGACACACAGGCUAUAUGUGUGUCCGUGCUGUGGGAAGAACUUCAGCCACUCCAGUAACCUCAACCGCCACAUGAUCGUCCAUCGCGGCUCUUCAAAGCUCCACUGCUGCCCCCUGUGCCACAAGACCUUCACUCAGAAGUCAACACUGUGCGACCACAUGAACCUGCACAGCGGGGAGCGCCCGCACGUGUGCGCGUACUGCCACGUCAGCUUUGCCCACAAGCCCGCUCUACGUCGCCACCUAAAGGAGCAACACGGAAGGACCACAGCCCAAAACUACCUGGAGAUGCAGCGAAACAAUGAGGGCGGUGUUGGAGGUGGAGUUUAGAUCACAUUUUAUCAUCGGUAGUGUGGGUUGGUACAAUGAAAUCAAAAUUAACCUUGUUUUUUUUUUUCUUAGUACAUGUUUGUAGGCUUAUUGUGCAUAAUUUAUCGGUGCACAUUAGAAAAAUGUUUGUCUUCGUAAUCAAUAUGUAAAAACUUUAUGGUUGCUUCAAAAUGGUUUCGAAUUGUCAAUGUGCAGGCCAAACACUGCCAAAGCAUUUGCUCUUUAGCCUGGAGAAACUGAAUGAUAGUGCCCUUGUUAAAGGGAUACUCCACUUUUUUUUGAAAAUAGGCUCAUUUUACAACUCCCCCAGAGUUAAACUG